UAUUUAUUUAUAUUGUAGAAACCCUGCUAAUGAAACAUGCUAUUUGUAUAUUGUUGUGUUUGUACAUGUAAUUAAAAACUUUGAAAAUGGGCGAAAGCCGUGAGAAAUGGGACAUUGCACAUCUACUUUCCGAAAGACUAAAUGUGGAUAAAAACACAGCAAACAACAUCAUACAAAUGAUAGAAGUACAAGAGUGUACAAUACCAUUCAUUUCAAGGUAUAGGAAAGAGGUAACUCAUGGAAUGGAUCCAAAUACGUUGCGCAUGUUUUUGGACACCCUUAAGGAACUCAGAGAUGUUCAAAAAAAAGCUACAACAGCAAUUAGGCAAGUUCAAAAACAAGAACCUUUGGACCAUGCAGUUGUUGAAUCACUAAAUGCUGCUGAAACUGUAGAAGAGAUCAAUGUUUUACUUGCACCAUACAAGGUUGAUAAGAAAACUUUAGCAUGCCGUGCACGCACUUUGGGUUUGGAUAACGCUGCAAAAGCUAUACUAAACAAUCCCAGGCAACUUAUCAAUUUAAAUGAAUGGGUUAAAAAAGACUGUGAAGGUCGUGCCAAUUUAAAAGAAGUUAAAACUGGAGUGAAGCAUAUUAUCUGCGAAGCCAUUGCUAGAGACAAAACUACUCUUGAGCGGAUAAAAAGAUACUUGAAACCAACAUGUUUAACAUUAGAAGCAAAAAUGUCUGCCUCAAAGAAAAAGGCAAUGGAUGCUGAAAAAGAAAAAGGUGGUCAUAGCACAAGCCAAAACACUUCGAAAUUUGAAUGCUACCAUCAUUUUCAACAUAAUGUUUCAGCUCUUCGGUCGUAUCAAGUACUUGCUAUUAACAGGGGAGAGGCAUUAAAAGAGUUAACUGUUAAAAUCCACAUUAGUGAAAGAGCCGAAAAUAAUUUCAUCGAUUGGUGUAACUAUAAAUGGGCGGAAGAACAUAAAUAUGAAGAUAUGAAAACCUUAUUAAAAGAAUGUGUUACAGAAGCAUAUACCCGGCUGCUUAAACCUCAAGUAUUAAGAAAAACCAGGUCUGAAUUAACGAAAACGGCACAGAUGGAUUCUGUUCAUGUGUUUGGAAGAAAUCUAAAAAAACUGCUGUUAACAAGCCCAGUACGAGGUAAAAUCAUUUUAGGAAUUGAUCCUGGAUACAAAAAUGGAUGCAAAUGUGCUGUAGUUUCAUCAAAUGGAAUGGAAAUUCUGGCAGUUGAUGUGUUCUAUCUACACCAUGCAAACCCAGCAGUUUCCAAACUGCUUCAACUUCUUAACAAAUUUAACAUUCAACUAAUUGGCAUUGGAAAUGGAACAGCUUGUAGAGAAACAGAAGAACUGGUAUCCCGUUUUAUUUAUGUUUCUUGUAAAAAAGAUCUCAAAUACUGCAUUGUCAAUGAGAGUGGUGCUUCAAUCUACAGUGUAACGGAAGAAGCAAAGCAGGAGAUGCCAGAUCUUGAUCCCAAUCUUCGCAGUGCUGUAUCAAUUGCAAGGAGACUUCAGGAUCCUUUGGUAGAACUUGUAAAGAUUGAUGCCAAGCAUCUUGGUAUAGGAAUGUAUCAGCAUGAUAUACCAGAUAUUUUAAUGAAAGCCACACUCCAGUCAGUGGUUGAAGAUUGUGUGACAUUUGUAGGUGUAGAUCUGAAUGUUGCUGGUGCCUCUUUGCUAAGACAUGUGGCUGGGUUGAAGAAGACACAGGUGGACAAAAUACUAAAGUGGAGAGAAAAAAAUGGACCUUUCAUCAACAGGGAUCAGUUGCUUGAGGUUCCUGGAGUAGGAAAAAAGACAUUCGAACAAUGUGCUGGAUUUAUGCGAAUUGUUCAGAAAGCCAACACCCCUUCAGAAUGUCAGAAAAAGUCAGUUAAAACUGAACAUGUGAAAACUGAACCAACAGAUAAAAGGAAACGUAAAAUUACAGCAACAUCAAAGAACUCUAAAAAACAAAAGUUGCAUCAUGAAGUUAAUCCACUUGACCAAACUUGGAUUCAUCCAGAGUCAUAUAAAACAACAGAACAAUUUUUGAAGAAAAUAAAUUUGUCAUCUUCUGAGGUUGGUAAAGAUUAUUUCAUUUCGAACAUAAAACAAGCAGUUCGGAAAAAAACAAUUUCUCAAUUUGCUAAUGAACUGGAAGUAGGGGAACCAACAUUACAGUUGAUAAUUGAUGGAUUAUCGGCUCCAUGUGGGUAUCGAGAUAUUCGGAAUGUAACAUCACAUUUUUAUAAGACUGGAAUCAGUUGUAUUACUGAUUUAAGGUGUGGAACUACAAUGCAGGGCAAAGUGUCAAAUGUGGUUGAUUUCGGGAUCUUUGUUGAUAUAGGAGUUGGGACAGAUGGGUUAGUACACUCAAGUGAUAUGAAAGGAAAAUGGGAAGAACUGAGACAUGUACUUGGGCCAAAUGAUCUCAUCUCUGUUGCCGUUACGAAUGUAAACAAGCCGAAAAAGCGCAUAUCAUUAAGGCUUGUAAAAACUGAUGUUGUUGAAACUAAGUUCAUGUAAUCACUGCUAAGUUUAUACUGUUUUAUUAUCACUGUUCUUCUGUACUUGUAUUUUCUGCUAUCAUACUGAUACUAAAGAGUGUAUUCUGUUGGUUCUUGGCCACUUUUUGUUUAUCCAUGGUUGUUUAUUUGGUUCAUUGCAUUCAACGUCAUAUGUUACACUGUGUAUUACUUUAGGUUUAAGUUAGGAAUAUUUAACAGUUAUUAAAUUUAAAAGAA